AUGGGCACCCGUCUUCAACGUUCCAGUCCCUUUCGGCUGCUCUUCGCACUCCUGGGUCUCCUCCUCUUCCUCUGGUGGAUGAUUCAACCAUCCUCCCAUUCUCCCCGAACCCUCAACAUAAACCUUCCCGACAGCUCGCCACCAACCCCCACGGCCGCCCUAACCCCACCCAAAACCGCCCCAGGAAUCAAUGUAAUCUCAAUGAACAACCUAACCGCCACUGCCAAUCCUUUAAAAAACUCAGAAAGACUAUUAAUCCUAACCCCUCUAGCCAGAUUCUACGACGAAUACUUUGACAACCUCUUAAAAUUAAACUAUCCGAGGAAUCUAAUAGACCUAGGUUUCAUCACCCCAAAGACCCACGCUGGAAAUAUAGCAACCUUAAAACUCCAAGAUGCCCUGCGAAAAGUCCAACAUGGUCCCAAAAAAUCAAGAUUCAACAAAAUCACAAUCCUUCGUCAGGAUUUUGGUACACCCACCGGUCAAUCCGAAAAGGAACGUCAUGCGAUGAAGGCCCAAAAGGAUCGUAGAGCAUCAAUGGCCCGUGCGAGAAACUCCCUCGUAUUCACAACCCUCAACCCUACAAUCUCCUGGGUCCUCUGGCUGGACUCAGACAUCAUCGAAAGCCCUCCAUCCCUCUUCCAAGAUCUAGCGAAACACAAUAAACAAGUUAUUGUCCCGAAUUGCUUCCAACGAUAUAAAGAAAACGGCGUCUGGAAGGAACGUCCUUAUGAUUUCAAUUCAUGGCAGGACUCGGAAACGGCUUUGAACCUGGGGAAAACGAUGAAGGAUGAUGAAAUCCUGUUGGAAGGAUAUGCCGAAAUGCCAACUUAUAGAGCUUUGAUGGCUUAUCAACGAGACGAAAAGGCCGAUAAACAUGUUGAAAUGCUGCUGGAUGGUGUGGGUGGUACUGCAUUGUUGGUUAAGGCUUCAAUUCAUAGAGAUGGUGCUAUGUUCCCUACAUUUCCCUUUUAUCAUCUGAUAGAGACAGAAGGCUUCGCAAAAAUGGUGAGGAGGUUAGGUCAUCAACCGUACGGCUUGCCUAAUUAUUUGGUUUACCACUACAACGAGUAA